GUUUUCCAUCAAACAUAUCCAAUUCCAAACUUAAAGAAAACAAAAUCUUUCGGUUAAUCAGAAGAACUUCAGGAUAUCUUGGCAAAAAACAAAACAAAAGACUUACUUCAAAUUCAUAUACAGAGAUAUGAGAAACACUAUAGAAAUCAAGAGAAGUGAUUCAGUUUCUUCUACUUCUUCUUCCUCCUCUUCAAGUCCGUCGAGGAAUAUUAGAACUACCAAGAACUCUCUGUCACCGAAAUCAACAUUAGAAAGAUUAAGAACAAAACUGUCAUCUAAGAGAGGAGAUGACCGUGAAGCACAAACAUACGGCGGGGGAGACCUCGAAAGAGUUUUUCGGUAUUUUGACGAAAAUGGAGAUGGAAAAAUAUCAGCUGCUGAGUUGGAGAGCUGUGUUAAGGCAAUAUGUGGUGAUUUUACUAGUGAUGAUGCAAGAAGAGCUGUGGAAUCAUCGGACUCGGAUGGUGAUGGGUUAUUGGAGUUUAAUGAUUUUGUUAAACUCAUGGAAGUUAGUGGAGAAGAAGAGAAAACGAAUGAUUUGAAAGAGGCGUUUAAGAUGUACGAAAUGGAUGGAUCAGGGAUUAUUACUCCUAAGAGUUUGAAAAGAAUGUUGACAAGACUUGGCGAAUCCAAGACGACUGACGAGUGUAGAACAAUGAUUCGUCUGUUCGAUCUUAAUGGCGAUGGUGCACUUAGCUUCGACGAAUUCUCUGCUAUGAUGGUUUAAUCAUUCAUUUUAAGUUAAUUAAGCAAGUAUAAACAUGGGGGAUGAUCAUAAUUCUCGAAAUUCAUUUGUAUCUCUAACUGUUUUCAUGAGAACGGUAGAGAAUGUAAUAAAGGCAAAACUUUAGCUAGCUAGGUCCAGUUGGGAAUUGCAUGUGUUGUCAAUUUAUGUACACCACUUCCACACUGUCAAUUGGAUACUUUUGCCGAGUAUCCUUAUGUAUAUAUACAGAAUUCAUUCUUUCCCUUAGCAGAAA